AUGAUUCAACCUCAAGUACUAAUUCAAGGAAGCAACAAACGUGCCAAAGGCAAGAAAACCAAGAAAACAGUGAAGCCUAAAGAAGUGAUCGAGGAUCCACCGUAUGCUGGAGAUGAACUGCGAGUCAUUCCUCCUCAGCCCACAUUGCCCACCAACCUUCUCAUGCCUGGUCCGUCAUUAGCAGGAAACAUAGAAGAGUAUCCUAGACCGUCUCUCCCAAGCUAUGAAGAGAUGAUGCUAGAUGACAUGUUCAAUGGUCCAAGCUCUAUGGAAACACAACCUGACCUAGCGCCUGUGAAAGUGUUGGAAGAGGGAGUAGCAGUGACCCAAGAUGAUCGAACCGUGGAAUGGUGGCCUGUGGAGGAACCAGAGCAACUGGCUAACAUGUUGGAGUAUUUGGAAGAUGAAAACAAACCACUGCAUACCAACUUUGUCCUUCCUAACCAAGGACUAGCCCUGUGUUCUGCCUGCCCGGUCUUUUUUGGAAGUAUGCAGAACAAGCAGAUUGUAGCGGAAGCCUUGUGUAACGAGAUACACUGCAAAAUACUCAAUCAGUGGGGAACCCUUAGCUGUCGUUGUGGAUUAGUGCCAAAAUUGCAGUUGAGUCAAACACCCAGAAACAUGCACAAAGUCUUCCUAGGCUGUCCCAAACCUCGAGAAGCAAGAUGUGGGUAUUUUCAGUGGAUCCAUGAGCCCCCCAAAACCCAACUAUGUACCCAAGACAGCCACCCGAAAAGCCCUAAAGAAACGACUGGCGGACAUGGUCAGUGACAGGAUGAGCUUGGAGAAAAAGCAGAAAACCGAGGGAGGAUUUCAAUUUCCUUAAACUGAUGUAAAACGUGUGAUUGUAUUAAAGUUGUUUUUGCUACGUGAGUGCAUGUUGUUUGUCAUGUUUUACCCUUUCCCUGGGGAGGUCCAUUGACGUCAUGACCCAGACUUGCCCGCUCCCUAGGGAGGGAUUGACGUCAUAGGGGUUUUGUUAAAUACACGGCAUGUGUUGAACCAUGAUCAGUUAUCAUCAUGAACUUCCACGGGAAUGAACCAUUAACCACCGAGUUUCUCCUAGUAUUUGGGGAUCAAGAGAAACCCUGUCCUUCGUAUUAUGGAAAAGACGAAGAUAAGAAAAAAGUC